UCUUUUAUUACUCUCUAAUACGGAAAGCAAAUUAUAACCCAAAAGGAAAAAAAGAGUUUCCGGCCGAUAGUCCCUUUUAUCAGUGUAGGAGUUCCGGCGUAUAUACAGUCCCUCUAUAGCUCUCUCCGAUGAGAUGGAAUCAUAUGAAUCAAAGCAGUCCUCAAGUUGCAGGUUAGAAUGCUUUAGUUGAACUUGUAGUCUGGAGUCACAUGAGUCGAAACACUACCUCAAGUCACCAACUGGACCAGAACUAUGUUUGCUACUUGUGGUGCUCAUCGAUUCUCCAAAAAGCUUCAGCCUUUUCAGGGGUUUCCUCUCAAGAGCUGUUGUUGGUUUAGCAGAACUAUAAUUAACCAUGUACGUUCCUUUACGCAAUCCAAACAAAGGAGACCUGUACAACGAGUUAAUAGAUUGCCGAGCAAGUCUACCAAAUCUGUUCCGAAGCAAGACAUAGAUCUCCCUAAAGUUUUCAUGAGGGAUACAGUAACAAGAAUAUCACAUAUGCUGAGAUUUUCAACUUGGGAUUCUGCUCAAGAGCAGUUGAUGGAACUUCCCAUAAAAUGGGAUUCCUACACAGUUAAUCAAGUUCUCAAGACCCAUCCUCCUAUGGAGAAAGCCUGGUUGUUUUUCAGUUGGGCCUCUAAGUUGAAAGGCUUUAAGCAUGACCAGUUUACCUACACGACUAUGUUGGAUAUAUUUGGGGAAGCUGGGAGGAUUUCAUCCAUGAACUAUAUCUUUCAGCAGAUGCAAGACAAAGAAAUCAAGAUAGAUGCAGUGACGUAUACAUCCCUUCUUCACUGGCUUUCCGACCAUGGGGACAUUAAUGAGUCAAUUAAAUUAUGGCAGGAUAUGAAAGAUAAAGGAUGUGCUCCUAAUGUUGUUUGCUACACUGCAUACAUGAAAGGUUUAUUUGAUCAUAAUCGAGUUAAGGAAGGAGCCAAGAUAUACAAGGAGAUGCUUCAAUCUGGUUGUUCUCCCAACUGCCACACAUACACUGUCCUUAUGGAGCAUCUUGCUAAAUCUGGAAAAUUUGAUGGAGUUCUCGAGAUUUUCAGUAAAAUGCAAGAUGCAGGGGUCCAACCAGAUAAAGCUACAUGCAACAUCUUAGUGGGAAAAUGCUGCAAAGCUGGGGAAACACAGGCAAUGAUGAAAAUUCUUCACUACAUGAAGGAGAAUUUUCUUGUUCUGCGUUAUUCUGUCUAUCAAGAGGCUUUCCAGACGUUGAAGAUGGCUGGGGUGAGUGAUCGGCUGCUUAGGGAUGUUAACCGUCAUUUGUCCUUACAAAAUUUCAACCAAGAUCAGAUUGACGAAUCUGAUGGAAUUGCUGAAAGUAGUUGCUUUACUUUGGAUGAUAGGAUGGUUUUGUACUUAUUGAAUAAAAAAAGUCUUCUUGCUGUUGAUUACCUACUAGAUGGCUUGAUGAAUAAGCGUCUCAAAUUGUAUCCUGGAAUAGUUUCAACUGUAGUUGAGGUAAACUGUAGCUGUGGUAGAGUAAAUGGCGCCUUUUUGGCCUUCAAAGUCAGUAUGAAAUUGGGCAUAACCAUUGACAGAAUUACGUACCUCACCAUGGUUGGAGAACUUAUUAGAGCAAAUUCCUUUUCAAGGGUUGUGGACAUUGUUGAAGUAAUGGUUGGGGCAGGCCUGUCAUUAGGGUCAGAAUUAACUGCUCUUCUGAUUCAUCGGCUUGGCUGCGCUAGAGCGCCUGCUUCUGCUGAAAAGUUAUUUAGCAUCUUACCUGAUCAGCAGAAGAGUAUUGCUGUAUAUACUGCUCUAAUAAACACCUACUUCACCUUUGGGAAUGCUGAUAAAGGGCUUGAAAUAUUCGAGACCAUGAGAAAGCAAGGGAUAAAUCUGGCAUUAAGUACUUAUUGUGUCCUAUUGAAUGGUCUUGAAAGAAAUGGAUUAUUCGAUAAACUACAAUCUUAUAGGAAAGAAAAAAAAAGAUUUGAAUCUGAAAGCUGCAGUAGGGAAAUGUCAAUGGAGGAAACAAUCUGCGAUCUUCUUUUUGCUGGAAAUUUUGACAGUUGAGAUGCUAGAUAUGGGUAUCUGGAAACUUUUCAUGAUUGUGGAGUAUUUGGAGUACAAAUUAGUUGUUGGUACGUUGCUUGUGCUGUCUAUUGUGUGUUUGAAUUUAUAGAAAUGGGGUUUGCUUUGUAUGGAAUCCCGCAUACUGAAACAGAAUGCGGGAUAGGUAAUCUCGUAUGGAUCAUAUUAAAACGUUCUCUCUUUGACAAGUUCAGCUUAUCUUUAGAAGCUGUAGCAGCUGGAAUGAUUGGUCAAAUGGGGCUUGACAGCUCGAUUAUUCUCCUGCAACAUUAUGGCCUUAAAGAAGAAACACGGGUAGAGUAUUUCAGGGGAAAAGAUUUUGUCGCUUUUGUGAGAAAUCAUUCAGAACUUAAAGACAUACUAGAGUCAGAUAAAGGUUUGGAGCCUGAAGAUAUUGCCAAAACGCUGCUUCAAAGAAUCUUUAGUCCGCUGUGAACGUGUGGUGAAAACUGUUCGACCUGGGAAGAAAAAACUAUCUCCUUGGCCAGCACAUUUAGAGAUAUACCAUUCUGUGGUUCUGCUGAGACAUAUAUUUAUGGUCCUACCAUAUCCGUGACCAAUGAGUAUGACAUAGAUGUGGAUCCUCUAUACAUUUCAAAAUACAGUGAGAACAUCCUAAAAGUUGUACAUGCUAUUUGGAGAAUGGAUGAAUGGUAGGGUUACUGAGCUAACUCUUGUGCUAGAAGAACCACAAAAAGAAUAGUCUGUUAUUCACUCUUGGCUAAAAUAUUGUGGCAUAAGAGGGAUUCGUCUUAUAAUAUAGCAAGUUGAUGGGUUUCUUCAAUCAUCAAAUACACUGUUGGCUUCACACUUAUCAUUAAGAGCUUUAAUCAUUGGUGCUAUUUGGGUACUUUCCUGAAAUCGUGUAUGGUUUUUCCCCAACAUUCUGGCCGAGGAAGCAACACUGCAAGAUUUGUUCCAAGUUUGGCCUCAGAAGGAUGAAGUCGAGAGACCUAAGUGGACAGCAAGGCUUUUCUACGCAAUAGUAGCCGUGGUUGUUAUUUUGCUCUUGAUGAGGCUGCACGAACCAGGUAUCAGAAACGAGUUUCCAACAUUAUCGAUGAUGUGCUCGAGUGGUCUCCUAGACAGGAUCUGUCAGGGAUGAAGGGAUACCGUUGUCAAUGUUACCGACUCAAAUGAUAAUGCAACUGAUGAUAGCAAAACUGGCAGUGAAAAAAGUGUUUUCGCAGACGACUUAGACGAAGAAACCGAUCUGAAAGAAGAGAGUGAGUAUGUUAUUGGAAACUUAAAAGAUUGUGUAAUUUAUAUAAAUGUUGAAACAUAAGCUUCAAGAGUUAAUUUUUUUCUUAUUUUGUAUCAAGUUUUAUCCUCUUUGUUAAUUCUCUUUGUGGUGAGGUAUAUUGCAAUACUCAAAUCUCUUCAUUCUCUCCUUUUCCUUUAAAGGUUAGAGUUUAAUAAUUUAUCAAUUUUUUAGCGA